GUCCGAGAAUUGUUUUCGUGAUGCAUGCCCAUGCAUAUCCGGUCUAUUAUCAGGUGCAGUCAUGGGCGCGUCACUCAAAGAUAGAUCUCCUUAUUCAACAAGUGAAAUGAUAUUAAAAAACAACUCAUGCUAGCUUAUUCGAAAAUGACUGAAAUACAAACCAAUAUUGUAGAUAUUUAAAGGUAUUAGAGCGGAAAAUUGUCACUAAUGCUAAUCACAUGGCACCGGUCAAUAUCACCAGUCCAUACAGGCUUUAUUUCAUAUGCACUGAUAAACAGCAAAGGAGACCUGUGCUCUGAAAUGCCUCGGUAAUCUUUCGGGAUCAGUUGUGGAACACCAACAUACCAAAUAACUAGCAUAGCCAACUGAAUUAUCGACAACAAAGGCUUUUUUACAUGAUUUAUCACUAAUAAGCCAGGCGCUCUUUACAGGAUGAAACGAAGUAACGAAGUAAAACUGCGUUGCAAGACCAGAGUCUCACUUGACCAGGCGACCAUGAACAAUCAUGUGCCAACUCAGGCUGAACAAGUUCAAUCAUGAGUUUGAUUUUGCAUAAUUCACCAAACUAUUCGGGUCAAAGAAUUGUGAUGUCAGUUCAAAGAAAUUCCUCAUUGCUACGGCGGACUAACUUUCUCUCAGGAAUUUUGGUCGAGCUCUCCCGCAAGUGAAAAGAUAUGUUUUGAGUACACAAGUUUUGGAUUUGACAAGCCAUUUAUUGGAUAGAGAAAUAUGGUUUUGACAACACCUGUUGUGCCACCCUAAUAAGAUGGGGAAUGCCGUUUUUUAGUUGUACAGCCUUUGAAAAUGAACAGGAAGAAAGCGGGGACGUUUUUGUUUAUUCCUAGCCUGAUGAUGGUUGUAAUUUCCUUUGUCUCCUUGAUAAAUAUUGCGUCGGCGGAGUUAGACAAAUCUUUAUCCCACAGAGCAAAUGGCCCAAACUUUAAGGCCAUUAUAGAGUCCCUUCUUCCUGACGAGAAAGGCUUAGUCAAAAGGCAGCAAGUAAAGGAUGACAAUGACAAUGAGGAAAUAAAUGAACUAAGUCGCCUGCAGGACCCAGCCAAUCAGGAGCCUCAAGUCGGUGGUUCUAUUAAUGAAGAGACUGACGUAGACAAGGUUAACCCGACCACUGCUGACAACGCCCUGGUUCCAAGUGAUCAAAACCAGUCCUCUUCAGACUCGUUAGCUAACAUAAGUGACUUUCUGAAAAGCAAGGAAGGUGAAGGUACCAUCCCAGUGGAUGGCGAUUUCACAUUGUGGACAUCAUGGUCUUCAUGUCCCCAUGCUUGUGGAAGAACUGCACUACGGUCACGUGAACGUUACUGCACCAACCCAGCACCUGCAAAUGGCGGGAAAAACUGCGAGGGACCGCGCUUUCAACUUAAACUUUGCAAGAUCAAAGCGUGUAGAGUUGAUGGUGGUUACUCGCCUUGGUCCGCCUGGUCGUCCUGCUCUCAGAAGUGCGGACAAGGGAUGAAGAAAAGACGGCGCCACUGUAACAACCCAGAACCGGCAAACGGUGGGAGAAGAUGUAGAGGAGCCAGGAAACAAGUAAAACCGUGUUACGGUAGACACUGCCAGGACCAAGACUCCAUUGUGGAUAUAGACCCUCAGACAGUUUGUGGGUACAACCCAUGUAUGGUGGCCAAAUGCAUAAUGUUACCCUACGCAACAUGUCUCAGUGACUUUAAAUGUAGACCAGUCUUCUUUGACUCGGAAGAGAGAAAGGUUUCACAGUGUACAGGUGAUAACCUGUACCUGAAUGUGGACCCGCAGGCUGUUUGUCGUUUUAAUCCAUGCAAAUAUACCACGUGUCUUCAAGGCGCGGCUGCUAAGUGUGUUGUGAACACGAGGUGUCAUCCAGUCUUUCUUGAUGCAUUUGGAAAGACAAUAAAGUGCAAAGGAGUGUUUAAGGUCCCCGCUAGGUACAUCUGUGGCUAUGACCCUUGCAGCGGGGCCGUUUGUAAGGAAGAUCCAACAGCACGCUGUUUGGUGGAGCACACAUGUAAAGCAAUGUUCGUGAACUCCUUCAAUCAAAGGAUGGAUAGCUGCAAAGCUCGCCACCACGUCGCUAAGGUGGAGGACGAGGGAGACGAACAGCUGAGUGAAGAAGAUAACAGUGAUGACGACGCCGGCCGCAUAAGUAAAUUGAUGAGCGCAAAGCUUGGCGUCAGCAGUAAUGAUGAUGAUGAAGACGAUGUUGAUGGUGAUGACACACGUUUAAGCAAAUUAAUGAGUUCAAAACUUGGGGUCGGGAAAAAAGAUGAUGACGACGACGGUGACAAUGAUGAUGGUGUCCGUAUAAGCAAGUUGAUGAACUCAAAACUAAGCGUCAGCGGUAAGGAUGUUGAUGAUGACAGUGAUAACGUUGACGAUAGUGACAAAGAUUCAAGCGAGGAAAGCGACAAUAGUAUAAGAAGUAAACUUCCCUCGAGAUUUAAGCGUCCAAAUCGGAAAGACUUUGAAAAGGGCAAGAAGAACAGAUUUGGACAUGAACAAUCAAAGCACGUAAAAUCGAAUCAUAAGCGAUGGUUAGAGAACGCAAGCUAAACUGUCAAGGUUUUGCUCCAUUUUGCAAUAGGAUUUGUCCAUUAAUUCGAUCUAAGCAAAUCGACUUUCAGUUGUCAUCUGCACGUUGCAAGAAAGGUAAUUCCAUGUUUGCGUUUGAUAAUUAGUCUUUUGUAUCACUUUGAUUGUCAAUAGCAGUUAUCAUUGCCCAGUUUCAUCUGAUGACUUGUCUGCCGGCAUGCAAGUGAUCAUAACAUAAUUUCAGGCUUAGUUUCAUCAGAGGAAAUCUCGUUUUGUACUUUAAUGAAGGGUUUAAUGCAUCUAGACCCACAGGAUGUCGAAACGUUUCGUUGAUUUUCAUUUUUAAAACUGAAGCCCAAAAGCUGUUUGUGAUUUGAUAGUAUAGAACAAAGUGAGAUAAGCCCAGAAAUCAUGUCAUGCCACAAUGGCUCCCGAGGUUCCAAUUGUUUUGAAUAAUGGAAUUUCAACGAUAAUAUAUAAAUAUAUUUUUUUUUAAUAAAACUGGCAUAAUUCCUA